AAGAAUAAUUUUGUUUGCAAAUUACAUAGAAGUUCAUCAAAGUUUAGAAGACGUACGUUGUAUCACCGUUAAAUCUGGUAUCAUAUGACUUGGUUGCGUCCGCCCCACAGUUACGUGGAUUGAAUCCAAACCCGCUAACGACAUAAUCGUUGAUCCGACCCGUUUAAGCCCCUGAUUUGGGCCUUGUCUUGUGGGCUUUCAGACAAAGCCCAAAAUGGAGGUCUCGGUUCGGCUCCUCACCUUCGCCGUUUCCCCGCGGCCCCUCCUCCGCCUUCCCCGCCGCCCACAUAUAAACGCUCCUCGCCGUACCCUUCCUUCCCUCGUGCUCCCUCGAAACCCUAACCCUAGAUAUGGGCCGUUUCCUUUCCGCACAAUCUCUCCCUUCCUCUCCAUCUCUUCCUCGCCUCCGCUUACCGAUCCAAGUGCGGUGUCGUCUGCACCGUCUUUGACCAUAAACGGUGGCCAUGAAGGAAUCACAGGCUUUAGAGCGGAAUUGGGGGAAGCUUGGAUGGUGGUGUUGUUAGGGUGGCUUGGGGCGGAGGCGAAGCAUCUGAAGAGGUAUGCUGAGCUGUAUGAAAGGAAAGGGAUCGCGGCGGUGAGAUUCGUGGUGCCCGUGAAGGAGACUCUUGGUUUCGAUCUGGGCCGCAGAGUGGAGGAAAAAGUUGGGAGAUUGAGUAAUGAGCUGGUGGACUGGUGCUUGGAUGUGGAGAGGAGCGGCAAGGUGCCGCGGUUGAUCUUCCAUACAUUCAGUAAUACUGGAUGGCUUGCGUAUGGUGAGAUCUUAAAUAGCUUACAAUUGAGGAAUGAUAUACUUCAGAAGAUCAAAGGAUGUAUUUUUGAUUCCGGAGCCGCCCCAGAGAUAGACCCUCAGAUUUGGGCUGCUGGAUUUUCUGCCGCUUUGCUGAAGAAGCAAAGUUCUCCAGCAUAUGUUUCAGCUGAAUCCACUGAAGGAAAAUUUGAUGGUGAUAUGAGUAAAUCACGCAUGCAACCGAACAGACCCAACCUAUGUGAAACAACUCUAUUAUCAAUUUUGGAGAAGUUCUUCGCCAUAAUUUUGAAGAUGCCAAGUGUUAACAAGAGAUUGACCAAGGUAAUCUCAAUUUUAUCAGAGAAGCAGCCUUUUUGCCCUCAGCUGUAUCUUUAUAGCUCAUCAGAUAAGGUAAUUCCUGUUGGCUCGAUAGAGAGUUUCAUCAAGAAGCAGAAGGCAUUGGGAAGAAUAGUUCAUGCUCAUGAUUUUGUUUCAUCACCACAUGUAGAUCAUUUCAGGAGCUUUCCCCAUAUAUAUUCUUCCAAAGUUGAUGAAUUUUUAGAAGAGUGCUGCUCUGCACCUGUCUGCUAAACAUUACCGCAUCCUGACCCCCAUUGUUUGUUUUUGUUACCUCCGGUUUGUGCCUCACUGCUGAAAAAUAAAAUGGAACAGUGAUGUGCCUGAGGAAAAAAAUAAUUUAAUCUCGUGUGUUGUUGGAGUAUGUAAACUUGGAAUGACGAUUGUCAUUGCUCGUCUUUGCUUCCAGUAUUGUUUCUUAUA